UGGGCUUCACACAGGGUGACGUGGGGCUGGCCAUGGGGAAGCUGUAUGGUAAUGACUUCAGCCAGACCACCAUCUCCCGCUUUGAAGCACUCAACCUGAGCUUCAAGAACAUGUGUAAGCUGAAACCGCUGCUGGAGAAGUGGCUCAACGACGCAGAGAAUGUGAGCUCAGAGUCCAGCCCCAGCCUCAGUCCCCUGGGCUCUGGUCAUGGGUCACCCAGCCUGGCGUCUGACCUCAAUAGCCGGCGCCGCAAGAAGAGGACCAGCAUCGACACCAACAUCCGUGUGGCCCUGGAGAAGAGCUUCCUCCAGCAAAACCAGAAGCCGUCGUCAGACGAGAUCUCCCUGAUAGCAGACCAGCUGAACAUGGAGAAGGAGGUGAUCCGGGUGUGGUUCUGUAACCGCCGGCAGAAGGAGAAGAGGAUCAACCCUCCCAGCAGCUCAGCUUUCCAGAAGUCCAUCUUCUCGUCCCCUACUACUGCCAGCCUGGUGAACACUGUACCCCAGACCACUGUGACUGUCACCCCCUCUCUGCCUGUCACCAGUUUCAGCCUCACAGACAGGACCCUGGUGCCAGCCACCGGCAACACAGCAUCCGUCAUCUCCAGCACCCCUACAGUCCCCUCUAUGUCCCACACACCCUCCUCCUCCGUGACAACCAUGUCACAGCCAGCCGUUACCAUGACGCAGGCGGGGCAAAUGCUCUACAGCAACGGCGGGGGUCUGGCUGCAAUGGCAGCUGCAGCGGCGGGAAUCAGCCCGGGUCUCAUGCCUUCAUCGCAGUUCAACACAGGGGGGGCCUUACUGAACCUAACUACUGCAGGUUUUGGAGGAGCGCUAGCCACCAUCCAAGGUGUGUUGAGUGCUCUGGCCUCCAGCGGGUCCUUCCCCAUCACCACCCUGGACGGGAACGGGAACCUGCUAUUUGCCAACACCAGCAUGUCUGGCUCCGCCCCCAGCAUGGUGAACACGCCACUCUUCCUGAACCCCCAGAGCCUGUCCUUAUUGGGUAGUAACCCUGUCAGCUUCAUCCCUGCCAGUGCCCUCAGCCUGCAACUCACCGCUGGCACCAACACCAUCACCACGGCAACCACACCAGUCAACACCAUCGUCAGAGCCUCUAAGGCCCAAUGAAUGAACUCGCGGGGUGGGUCGCUCCCCAUUUCCUCCUCUUCAUUGGUCGUUAUUUAAUCUUUGUUCUUUUUGCUACCACCAAAAAGUUGUUGGAAAAAUAUUCUUAAGAUGUUUUCCUCCCUAUCUCUGCCACAAGGGGUCCUAACGGUCCUUUCAAAGAUUGAUUGAGAUUUGGCAAUAGAAUCUCUUUUUCCUCAGAACCGCUUCUAAAACCAAAAAUGUGCGUUUUGAUUUUAUUUUGCUGAGUAUUGAAUGAAACUGACAUGGUUUAACUUUCUAGAGAGAUUUCAUGAUGAUCUGUGUGUUAGGUUCUCUAAUUUUAAGUUUUACUUGAGGGCGUGUUGUACAGGCCUGGACCGUUGACAUCAGAUUUACACCUAAAGAUUAGAUUUCUCUGCUUGUUUUCCAUGUUACCUAAAAUGUUCUUUGUGCGGUUAGUUGUGUGCUCUGAUAUUUGCCGU